AUGGUUCCUCCUCCACUUAUUUAUAAGUAUCGGCGAAGGAGAGAUCGGAUACCCGCCAGUGACGACGACGAUGGUACUUCAGUGACGAAGAUGAAUCGUCGGGACUCAGACGACAGACCAAACUUCGAUUCCGUCGAGGUUAGUGAUGAGAAUCGCUCGUCUGGUUUAAUUAAGGAGGAUAGUGAUAAAGUCCGAGACUUUCGUUGCAUCGAUGAGACUGAAAUUGGCCAAGAAGAAGGCUCCAUUAAUUUGGUUGGAAAUUUGGAUGAUUUGUUCUCUGGGUUUGUUUAUAAUAGUCCUCUUGUUGUUGAUGAUAGCGUUUCUAUUGAAAAGGAAGAAUUAGGCAGUGAAGUGAGAAUAGUUUCUCCUUACUUCAAAGAGAAGUGUGACUCUGAGAUUGUUUCUUCUCAAAAUGGAAGAAAUUGUAGCAAAAGAUGCAAGAAAGUUGAAGCUGAAGUGAGAAGAGUUUCUCCAUACUUUAAAUCAUCAGCUGAUUCACAAUGUGAUUCUGAGAUUGUUUCUUCUCAGAGUGGAAAAUAUCAUAACAAAAGAUGCAAAAAAGUUCAAGCUGAAGUGAGAAGAGUUUCUCCAUACUUCAAGUCAUCAGCUGAUUCACAAUGUACUUUUUCUGAGGUUGUUUCUUCUCAGAGUGGAAGAAGAAGUGAUAGGAAAGAAACAGGCGAAGUUCAAGCCAAGAAGGUUCAAAGAAAUUUGGGUCAGUAUUACAAUGUCAGGAAAGUUUCAAGAUAUUUCCAUGACGUCUCUGCUGCGGAUGGAACCCAAGAAAAUGAAUCUCAGAAAGAGAGAUCAAGAUCAAGAAGGGUGAGGAAGACUCCUGUUGUGAGUCCUACGCUGUCUCGAAGUCAGAAGAAUGAUGAGGCGUACCUGAGGAAGACGCCGGAUAACACAUGGGUGCCUCCAAGAUCUCCAUGUAAUCUUCUUCAAGAAGAUCAUUGGCGUGAUCCAUGGCGUGUCCUUGUCAUUUGUAUGCUUCUUAACAGAACAUCUGGUGCUCAGACGCGGGGAGUGAUAGCGGCCGUGUUUGCGCUCUGUCCUGACGCAAAGACUGCAACAGAAGUUGAAGAAAAGGAAAUAGAGACUCUGAUAAAGCCUCUUGGAAUGCAGAAGAAGAGAGCCAAAAUGAUACAACGGCUGUCUCAAGAGUAUCUUGAAGAGAAUUGGACUCAUGUCACUCAACUUCAUGGCGUUGGAAAGUAUGCAGCGGAUGCAUAUGCGAUAUUCUGUAAUGGAAAGUGGGAUUGUGUGAGUCCUGAUGAUCAUAUGCUAAACUAUUAUUGGGACUACCUCUGGAUUCGGUUUAGAAGAUACAAAUGUAAAUUGUGCUAA